AUGCUAAACGUCACAAAAUAUGACUAUAACCGUGCAGUGGCCGAACUACGUGAUGCAGUGUUUAAAGAUAAACCACAAUACUUGAAUGAAUUGCUGUCUCAAGAUUUAUACAAGAGAUUGAUAAACACUGCCUUUGGAUGGUGUAAUCCAAUUACUUAUCUACAUCUGGCUGCAAAUAAUGGCUUUAUACAAUGUAUUCAAAUCCUAUUAGCUAAUGGAGCUGACGUGGACCGCAUUAAUGCAGCAUAUGAAACUCCUCUCUAUUCAGCGGUGCAUGCUGGCCAUUUUGACUGUGUUGAAGAGCUACUGAAGGCUGGUGCCAACCCUAGUGGUAAUUCCUAUACAAGUCCUGUUGUGAUAGCAUCUUGCAUGGGAAAAGCCAACAUUCUGAAAAAGCUCUUGGAAUAUGGGGCAGCAGCCAAUCUUAAGACAAAGAUACCCAUCGUUAGGCGCAAAGUAUCCUCCUCUGAUCCAUUGUACCUUUCAGCUCUAAAUGACAACUUGGAGUGUUUUAAAAUGCUUCUUUUAUAUGGGGCUGAUCCAGAUUAUAACUGUAUUGACAAUAAAUUAAUGAAGCAGUCCAGUUCUGUUAUAGAAUUCUGUCUUCUACAUCACUGUAAGACAGCUUUUGUAAAACUUCUCAUUGAUUUUGGUGCCAACAUUUACUUACCAGGCAUUGAUAUCCAAUUCGGAAGAUCUGAUUUGAAUAAGGAGACAGAGGAACUUAUACUGAGAGAAAGAGGUAACCUACGCUUAAGCAAAUCUAAUUAA